AAAUUUUAGAAAUAAUGAAUCAAACAGUAGAUAUGGGCAAGGUUCUCAGCCAGAGUUAGAAGAGGAAUCUGUGGUAGUCUGUGAAUAUUGCGGGGUUCCUGGCCAUGUGAAACGCAAGUGUUUUACUCUCAAGAAUUUGAAGCGUGAUGUGGUCAAAUUUGUAGAUCUAGCGAAACCUGGAACCAGUUCAGAGAAGCAGCUCACGGACAUGAUGGGUCGAUUGACAACAGCUGGCGACAUGGCUGGAAGUGACAGCGAUGAUAGUUACUCCGAAUGGAACUCAGGUGUCGGUUGGAAGCGCUCGGGUGAUGGCCCACAAGAUGCAGCUUAAACCCCAUCACGAGCGUAAGGAGCGCCCGAAUGUGCACCUGUUUCCGGUGGUGCACGGCGAAUACGAGGGCGAGGAGGAAGCAGUUUGUACGGCUGCAGCAGAUAUUAGUUCGGAAGAAGAAUUUCGAGGAUUUCCGGUGAUGGCUGGAGGAAAAAGAAGAAAAAGAAGUGCGCUUACGGCAGAAUUGCCUGAAGAGUAUCCACGUAGAUCAAAAAGGCUCAGAAAGCCGAUUCAUGAUUUGAAUUAUCAAUAUAAUUAGUGAAUUCAGAAGACUAGGAUUUUUUUUAAAUUAAAUAAUCAUUAAAAGUGAUAUCAGAGAAUUAGGAGAAAAAAACAAAUUCGUUCAGAUAAAUUAACUAAAUUGAAUUGUAUUCAUUAGAAAUCUUUCUUGCUAAAAGAGGGAGGAGUUGUUAUGUACACCCCUCGUUCGUUGUACUAAAUUAGAACGCAAAUGUCAAACGUAGAGCGUAACGUUCUGAAACGACUUCGCUGUGAG